UAACAAUCAACCUUCUUUAUAAGCGACGCCCAUGGUCACUGUUACUAUAUGUGACAAAUAUUGAGGUUUCGCUGUAAUAACUGACGUUCAUUCACGUUCCAGAUUCAGCGAAGUGCCGCCGAUAAGGAAUCUUGAAAAUUUUGUCAAAUAUACAUUUCAUAGAAAUGAGUGAAAUUACUUUUAAACUACAGUUAAUCCAAUUCGUGAUUUACAGUGUGUUAUUUACUUAUCAGCUAGGUCAUGGUCAAGAUUUUGGUUAUGAAGGAACUAUCGGUCCUGACUUUUGGGGUAUAAAAUAUCGUGGAUGUAAUGGAGGAAAACUACAGAGUCCGAUAGACAUUGAAAUAAAUAAUGUUAAAAACGUCAGCUAUCCACCGCUUAUAUUCAAACAUUUUGACGAACCAUUAGAAACGGUCAAAUUGGUCAACAAUGGUCACACUGUGCAGCUAUCAAUUCAGCAAGGUAAUAUACCAAGUAUCGGCGGAGGUCCUCUCAACAGCACUUACAAUUUUUAUCAACUCCACUUUCACUGGGGCAAAAACGAUAGCGAAGGAUCGGAAAAUUUGAUAAACAACCACAGCUUUCCUCUAGAAUUACAUAUAGUUUUUUAUAAGACUGACUAUGGUAACUUCAGUAAUGCUCUCGGAAAUGAUGAUGGACUAACGGUAUUAUCUUUUUUGUACAACAAAACGGAUGAAGAGAAUAAGAAAUACUAUCAAUUUGAGAAAGAUUUACCUCUAGUUGAAAAUUUCACAGCUAGUAUAGAUAUCAUUAAUUUCGACUCAUUGGACGAUUUCACUACAACUGACAGAACUGCCUAUUUCACUUACCACGGAUCCUUAACAACACCGCCGUGCUCUGAAGUUGUUACUUGGAUAGAAUUUGCGAACACCAUACCACUAUCACACGAGCAAAUACAGGAAUUUCGGUUGCUCUCUACUUAUGGAGGAAGACUGAAUCACAAUUUCAGACCUAUUCAAGCAACUAAUGACAGAGUAAUAUACAUGAACGUUCCACAAAAAUCGUCGUCAUCAUCUAACUAUGAAAAUCAAACUAAUUUGUUAUUAAUAUUAUUUUUAUUUCAAAUGUAUAUUUACUUUUAUCGAAUGAAAUCGUAAUUAUUGAUCAA